UCCCAUAAACCACCACGAAAGGGGGCGGAGCAACACGGCAGUCUUUGCGAAAGCAGCAGUUUCCGUAGUGGUCCGGUGCAUUCUGGAGAAAUGGCUGAAUUAGACAAUUUAGUUCUUAAGCUGUACGAAGUGCAGGCCGUAAAAUUUGGGACAUUCAAACUAAAGAGUGGCAUAACUUCCCCGAUUUACUUCGAUCUGCGAGUGAUCGUUUCCCAUCCGUCGCUUAUGAACGAGGUGUCCAGCGUGCUGUUCCGGUGCGCGCAGGAGGCGCGGCUCCAGUACGGCUCCGUGUGCGGCGUUCCCUACACGGCUCUGCCCCUGGCCACCAUCGUGUGCUCGAAGCACGGCGUGCCCAUGCUCAUCCGCAGGAAGGAGAGCAAGGACUACGGAACAAAGAAGCUGGUGGAGGGAACCAUCCAUCCCGGCGAUUCGUGCCUCAUCGUAGAAGAUGUCGUGACUAGUGGAAGCAGUGUUCUGGAGACGGCGCAGGUGCUGCGGAACGAAGGCUUGAAGGUCACCGAUGCGGUUGUGCUGAUGGACAGAGAGCAGGGCGGUGCGGCCCGACUUGCUGAGGAAGGAAUCGCCCUGCACUCGGUCAUUACCAUUUCCAAGCUCCUUGAAGUCCUGCGGGCUGGCGGUCGAAUCGAUGCCGCUGCGGCAGAGAGCGUCCACCAGUUUAUCCGCGACAACAACACGUUCGGCGCAUCGACGUGCGGUCUGUCGGCACCGAAGAAGCCCUGCAAGGAGCUGAGCUAUGAGGCUCGCGCCGACCUACCGGGGGUGCAUCCCAUGGCCGCCCAGCUGCUGAGGCUCAUGGAGGAGAAGAGGAGCAACCUCUGCCUGUCUGCUGACGUGAGCCGUGCUGAGGAGCUGUUGCAGCUCGCCGAGGAGCUGGGACCCCUCAUCUGCGUGCUGAAAACCCACGUGGACAUCCUGGAGGACUUCUCUGUCCAGGUGGCCAACUCGCUGAAGGACCUGGCAAUAAAGCACAACUUCCUCAUCUUCGAGGACCGGAAGUUUGCCGACAUCGGGAACACGGUCAAGCACCAGUACGAAGGAGGCCUGUACCGCAUCGCUUCCUGGGCCCACAUGGUCAACGCCCACGCGGUUCCCGGGCCUGGGGUCGUGCACGGGCUCCGUGCAGUGGGCAAGGCGUUGGAGCGGGGCUGCCUGCUCAUCGCGCAGAUGAGCUCCCGGGGUUCUCUUGCGACCGGAGGCUACACACAGGAGGUGGUGAAAAUGGCAGAGGACAACUCUGACUUUGUGUUCGGCUUCAUCUGUGGCAGUAGGAUCAGCGAUAAACCCGGGUUUGUUCAUAUGACCCCAGGUGUGCAACUGCAGUCAGGAGGAGAUGGCAUGGGCCAGCAGUAUUCUUGUCCCGGUGAGGUUAUUGGUACGAAAGGGUGUGAUGUCAUCAUUGUUGGACGAGGAAUCUUGGCAGCCUCAGACAAAGUGGCAGCAGCGGAGGAGUACAGGAAGGCAGGCUGGGAGGCCUACCUGAAGAGGCUCUCCUGACGUCUCCCGCAGAACACGCAGCUCGCGCGUCUCGGUGACUAGCGUGCGCAGUGUGGGUCAAUCUGUGCGUGUGUAACUAAGCACUUAAACGCUGGUUUGUAUUGCUCACUUCUGCAAUCAGAUUCAUUUAGCUGCAUCACACUGAGUACCGGGCUUCCAGCAAGAAUCCAGAAAUCGGGGAAAAGGACAGGAGAGCCCAGGUCACAACGGCUCCUUCCAGCUGUUAUACCUUGAAAUUCCUGCCUGAUUACAUUUUGUCCUUGUCGUUUCAAAUCAUGCUUAAAAUACUGCUUCCACGAUGUUUAAUCGAAGCCUUUGUGUUUUCGCAAUUUUCUGUACAAAUAAAU